GAACGGUCCUUUGCUUCGAGAAAAAACACAGAGGACGUAGAGGGUUGCCGGGGGAACAUCUGCCAGUGGCGGGUCGGAGCCAUGUCAACGUCAGCGCCUUCCGCGAACGCUAACCAUGGAGCCGUGGAGACAGUGCGCCUGCCCAUCUUACACGCCAACGAUGUCUACCGGAUCCGCCAGUCCGUCAAGUCGGACGGCAAGUCGCAGGAGUACUGUGCGUCUCAGUUCGCAGCGCUUAUUCACAGGCUGAGGUCCGAGUGGCCUCAGCCACCCCAGCCACUGCCCGACUCACAAGCUUCGGCCGCCAAGGAAGACAGCGACGAGUGCCAUGAUGGCAUCCCGCGUGCCGGCCUCACACUUUUCUCCGGCGACGUCUUCAAUCCCUCUGUCGAGUCGAGCGUCACACGGGGGGAGCACAUGCUCCCGCUUAUGAAUGCCUGUGGAUGGGACACCGCCGUGUUGGGGAAUCACGACUUUGACUUUGGCUUCCCUCACCUGACUCGUCUGAUGAAAGAAUGUACGUGGAAGUGGGUAUUCAGCAAUGUGGCCAACAUUUCCGGGGAUGCGAGUAGGGGCGAGGGGAAAGGCAGAGGAAGCGAAGAAGUCGAUGGAGACGAGCCGAGGGCGACAGAUGGACAGGUCGAAGGCACCCUGCCUUACUGGACUACCUAUCUACAUCUCCCCUGUACUUCACCUGCCUCCUCCAGCACGACAAACCGCCGUCUCAAAGUGGGCAUAAUCGGCCUCAUCGAGCGUGACUGGAUCGCCACCGUUCCAUCCUUCCCUCCCGAAUUUCGUUAUCGCUCGAUGGCCAAAACGGCACGCAGACUUUCCAGCCUGCUUCGCAAUCGCAGAAAGUGCGACCUCGUCUUUGCGCUCACGCACGCUCGUCUGCCAAAUGACAUCGACCUCGCCAAAGAGGUUGGUGCUGUUCUUCCUCAUACGCGUCGUCAAAACAAUUCACAUGGACACCUGGACCAUAUAGACCUCAUCCUAGGCGGCCACGAUCAUGUCUACUACAUCGGCAAGGCUUGCCAGAUUCCUGCCGAUUUCGCAGGCGAGCAGUUCGAGCGCGGACCCGGGACCGAACACGACGACGGCUGCUGCAUCGUCAAGUCUGGCACCGACUUCCGUGACUUGUCAAGUAUCACCCUCGAGGUGCAGCGGAACUCAGGCAGCGAUGUCGGCUGGCACAUAUCGAGGAUGCGUGUCGAGCGCCAUCGACCCGCUGCCCAUCCCCCUCUGUCUCCCAAGGGCACCCCGACCUCAUAUCCGCCCUUGCAGCCGCUAAAGCAAGAGCUAGACACGCUCAUGCAGCGUAUAUCCCUGGCUACCGACCAACCGGUUGCGAACUCAUUGACGGCCUGGGACUGUAGGAGCGAGUAUAUCCGGACCGAAGAGAAUGCGUUUGGUGAUUUCUGCGCGGACAUUAUCCUGCACGCGUACGAUGAUGCCCUGCGCGGGCAAGAGCAGCGAGGCGAAUUGGCGCCUGCACGCACGAGCACUAUGAGCUCUUCUGCGGGCACCGCUUCCUCCGCAGGGCCAUCUCCGCGACGUGUGGACCUGGCGCUGCUGUGCGGCGGAGCCAUCCGCGGCGACUCGAUCUACGGACCCGGCCCGAUUUCUCUGCGUGAUAUCCUGGAGAUCCUGCCGUUCGACGACCCGAUUAUCGUCAAGGAGCUCAGCGGCGCCGACGUGCUGGGUGCACUCGAAAACGCGCUCGGCGCGUACCCGAAGCAAGAGGGCAGGUUUCCCAUCCUGGCGGGCUUGUGCGUCAAAUGGGAUAGCACACGCCCGUCGGGCCAGCGAGUGCUCAGUGCUCGGCGCGUAGCGGAUGGGCAUCUGUUCGAGGUGCCGAGCCUCGCUGGAGACAGCACUGAUGCUGGUACCGAUGCAACAGGAGGCAGCGGCAGUGCCGAGAAACAACAAGGGCAGAUGAAAGCGCGUCGCAUCGAGAUAGCGCGCUCGAGACAUCAGGACGGGUACGAGUGUCUCGUGUACAGGCCUGCAAUGGUGCUCGGCGAGGAGAUCAAGAGAGAUGAAACGUAUCGUGUCGUGACGAGGGAAUACAUGGCCCAAGGUCAUGAUGGAUUCGUGGCGCUUACACGCGGACGCUAUCUCAUUGAUGACGAGAACGGCGUGCUCAUGUCCACGCUCGUCAGGAAGUACCUGCUGGGCGCGUCCUUUGUGUGGCGCAUGAAACAGUUGCGCGCACAGGCAGCCGCCAACGAGUCCAACAAGUCUGCGACUGCAGGAGGCGGUAAUGCAAUGAAGAGCAACCCAACGGAAGAGCACCUCAACACCCAGCAAGAAAGCUCACCGCCUGCUAGGGAGAGGAAGAGCCAACGGAUACAUGACGCUCUUCUUUCUGAGCGCACGCGCAGUGCAUUGGAUCGCGCCAUGCUCAUCGGCACAGGUCCUGAGCAUGCACCUGACGCAAGGGGCGGAGAUGCAAACCCCUGCGAUGCGCCUAUUCCAGCAUCUGUAAAAAGAGAAGCGGUCGUGGCGUCGCCAAGUACUCCAAAGAGGCCUGCCGCCAAGCAUCUGAUGGACAGACUGGCCGAACUCAAACGCGUCGUCGAUCAGAGUCCCAGUGGGAUGCGGCAUGCGAUGCACAUAGGAGAUUCUGAGCGGCAUGGUGAUUUCGACAACAUCACACAAAUAUUUAGGGGCCGUAGCAGCGGUGCCGGGCGCACUAGCUUGGGUGGCGGUCACAAGGCGGAUACGUGCAUAGAUGACGGAGCGUCUUCCUCAUCCUCUCCGGUUCCUACCACAUCUCCAACGAUCUCGCAACCAGCCUCGACAGCCGGACCCGCGCCGCAAAGGGUGGAAGUGGCGGCAACGGACGUCAAAGGCACCGUAACGCUGACGGAGGCAGAAGCUGAGGCCUUGGCAACUAGCAAUGAUAAUCUUGCUGUGAUCGCCCCAUUUGUGGACGGGCGGCUGGUUGAUGUCGCCAGAGCUGGGAAAGAGAAGUGAGCCGGAGAGCCUGUCAGGGAAGCAGGGAAACGCGAUGCAGCAUUUGUAUUAGUCGAGGUGGCAUCGAAGCCAGUUGCAUGUACAUAUUGUGCAAUGAUCGGGCGGAACGGUGCGCCAUAUUGCCUGGCGGUACGCAAUUGUUGAUUCAAUCAAUACUCUAUCCUCG